UUGUUCCAGCCGGAUGUCACGCAAAAACUAACGGAGCGCAUAGAUGACCUGAAGCAAAAAAUCGCUGCUUGGGGGAAGCGGAUUCGACGAUUUAGCGAGAGGUCAAGGCGGUUCAACCAGAAUCGUCUCUUCCAGAGUGAUCAGAAGAGGCUCUAUAAAUCAUUGGAGCGACCAGAGGUAUGUGGAGCGGGCCCAGGACCGGAUCAGGCUGACACUGUCGCAUUUUGGCGUGGCCUGUGGUCAGAGCCCGUAAACCACAGCGAGGGCCCUUGGAUGGAAGUUGUGGCGAGCCAGAGUGCAAGUAUUACGCCUAUGGACCCCGUCACCAUAACGCCUGAAGACGUGGCUGAGGCGAUCCGUAGGGCCCCGAACUGGAAAAGUCCGGGGCUCGACGGGCUGCAUCAUUACUGGCUGAAAGGGUUCGUAGUGUGUCACGCUGUGCUCGCCCGACAGUUUCAAGAGGCUCUCGAUCAGAAGUCGCUCCCGAGCCUCUUCACUACUGGGAUCACUCAUUUGGUUCCUAAAGAUCAGGAUACCACAGACCCGGAGCAAAUACCGCCCCAUCACGUGUCUACCCACCAUAUAUAA